AUGUUUAUCUCAUUAUAUUUAUUAUUAUCUAUAGCUUUAAUAGUAACAUGCGAUAUAAUUGAGUUUAAACCAAAUUUCAUUGGUUCCUAUGAAGAUCCCAACAGUUGGGUACAAAACAAAGUACCUACUUUAGAUGAUAGUCCAGAGAUAGUGCAAAUAAACUCCACUUGUUUAAUAGUCAAUCAAAAUAUAACGACCAGCACAAUCACUUUGGAAAACACAAAUAAUUUAAAGCUGGAAAACCUAAUUAAAAUCUUAAACUCAACCGUCCAAACUUCCACCAUCAAACUAAAAACCAAUGGAACAAGAGUAUUGGUAGAUUCAUCUUCAAUCACAGGAAAGCUCAAAAUGGUCGAGGGUGCAAUUACAAAUAGUAUACUUAUUAAUAGUUAUCUUGAAUUGUUAGAGUUGGAAAUAAAUACUCAAUUUUCAGUUACCUCAAAUAGCACGAUUGAUACUGUUACAAUGUCAGAUGGUAAUUCAUAUCUUAAUUGUUCCCAAAUGACAGGUGCCAUUAAAAAUUUAGAUAUUGAAAACCAAUCCUCUCUUGAUUUUAUUUAUACAAAUAUUUUAAUUGGUGAAUCGACCAUCUCUGAUGCUUUAAUAAAUUUCAUCGAUUCUGAUAUUGUUUUUGGUGAAACCGAUUCCCUUGCUUCCAAUUACAACCUUCAACAAUCAAACGUUUCCUUUGAGAUUUUUACAAACAGAAGAUCAACUCUUAUAAAUUCGACACAAUCCCAACUUCGUUUCAAAGACUAUUUCGAUUCCGAAGAUAUACAUAUAGUCUCAAGAUCUUCAAAUUAUAUAUUUGAUAAUUGUUUUGUUAAUACUGAAAGAGGUAAUUCAGACUUUGUUAAUAGUAAUUGGGAAUUUAUCAAUUCAAAUGUUUACUUAACUAAACCGUGGAUAGACUUCCAUAAUAGCAGUCUGGUGUCAAAGGGUGGAUCUCUUAAAUUGAAUGCUCCAUACUUUGGUUCUGUACUGAAUUUUGUAACCUUUGAUAUUGAUUCAACUGUUUUUACCAUUCAAAACACAGACAGUAAAAUGAAUCUAACAAAUUCAAAUUUAAAUCUUCAUAUUAAAGAUGGUUCAUCUAUUAAAACAACAUCUUUUAAUUUAGAUUCCACUGUUUUAUCUAUCUCAGGUGGUAGUUUCACUUUCCAAAAUACACCAUUCUAUGGAUCCAAUUCCACGGUAUCAUUAGCAUCUCAAACUACCUUUAUUCAAUCUCCACUUACACUAGAAGGCUUUUCAACACUUUCCAUAGGUGGAAAUGUACAAAUCGAUUCAUUAUCACUUGAUAAUAGUACACAGCUACAAUUCGUCAUUUCGAACGACAUGAAUGAAAGUAACUACUCUAGUAUUACUUUGGUCAAAGACGGCUCAAGUAUACUGAGUAAUAUCACAGUAUUGGUCACUUAUAAUGCAAAUGUAAGCAGAGCCUCCGACAUUAUGACAAAGAACACCACCAUUCCUUUGAUCAAGUUCAAUGGUUUAUCAACACUUUCAAAUGAAACAUCCAUAAGGGUCUUCAGUUUUGAUGCAAUGACCAACUCUGUUAUUGAGAGUUGCGUUAACCACUUCCAUAACGAAUCAGGUCUCUUUAUUAACAUCCGAAAUUGCUUUGUUCCAACUAUAACAAAUCCACCCACAAUCAUUUCAUCAGCAAGUCAAACCACAAUCCCAUUCACUUUAACUCUAAUCAUUGCUUUACUUUGCUUUAUUUACCAAUAA